UUGAAUUUCAUUUUGUCGACGGUACAAUGCUGCCGUCCACUGGUCGUUUGAGAGCAUGGCAAAGUUCAGCCCAGUUCUUUGGAGAUCGUCGCAGUCACGCGGACGGAGCGAAGCAGGAAGUGGAGCAAUGGCAACCGUGUUCGGCGGCGUAGAAGGUGGAGGAACCCAUUCCAAGGCGCUGCUGGUGGCACAAGAUGGACGAAUCCUGGCAGAGACUGUGGGUCCCUCCACCAACCACUGGUUGGUGGGGGUGGAGAAAUGUAUCGAAACCAUCAAUCUCAUGGUCCAGAGAGCCAAAGUGGAGGCGGGACUGGAUCCAAACACACCGCUGCGCUUGUUGGGCAUGUCUCUGAGUGGGGGCGAGCAGAAGGAGGCCAUCGACAAGCUGAUUGCGCAGAUGAAAGGCCGCUUUCCGAACCUUAGCCAACAUUAUUUCAUCACGACCGACGCCAUCGGCGCCAUGGCUACCGCUAGUGAUCGCGGAGGCGUGGUCUUGAUCUCGGGCACCGGCUCCAACUGCAAAUUGAUUAAUCCGGACGGGUCCCAGAUCGGCUGCGGGGGCUGGGGUCACAUGAUGGGUGACGAGGGGUCCGCUUUCUGGAUUGCUCAUUUAGCGGUCAAGAGCGUCUUUGACGCAAAAGAUAAGCUGGCUACGCCUCCUCAUGAUGUCACGUAUGUGAGAAAAGCCAUGGAGGCGUAUUUUGCGGUGUCUGACCUCAUGGGAAUGCUGCCGCACCUCUACACAAACUUCCAGAAGUCCCGCUUUGCCGGAUUCUGUCGGAAGGUGGCUGAAGGUGCGGAGGCCGGGGAUGCCCUGUGUCGAUAUGUGUUCUCCCAGGCCGGGAGAGUCCUCGCCAAACACGUGCGAGCCGUGCUACCUGCGGCGCAAGAGCCUCUACUGAGCGGCGACCUCGGCCUGCCCAUCCUGUGCGUGGGCUCCGUGUGGAAGAGCUGGGACCUUCUGAAACCGAGCUUCGUCCAGGUACUGGAUGAGGCGGCGGCGUCACAGGAGCUCAAGGGUCGUUUCCACAGCUACAGCCUUCUGUCGUUGAAGCGGUCCUCGGCCGUCGGCGGCGCCAACCUCGGAGCUCAGAGUUUGGGCGCACUUCUAAAGAUGGACUACGCGGCCAAUGUCGACGUCUUCUACCGUCACUCCUGCGAGAACGAGCGCUGAGGGCGUAAGAUGCAGAGAACGUUUUAGUCUUUUUGUUCCAUAGUUGCGGACUACGUCUUCUUCUCGCGCGUCAUCAUAUUGUGAUGCCGACAAACAGCGCAGAGGACUCGCUUAGCCACCCGUCCGUUUUCUGAAGCUGGUCCCACAAAUUACGUUACGUUAGCUACCGACGGCGCUUCCUUUUGUAUGUCAGCGAUGCCACCAUCUGCUGGCCGCCCAGCUGCAUUGCGCACACAAAGGGCACUAAAUUCCAAACCUGACGUGUCUCUCCCUACUUUGAAGAUGAUCAGUCAGUUCCCACGCUGAAUUGGACGACGACAACAGACUCCGUUGUGGAUGCUUGUCAUGCCUAAGAAAGCUCCAAAGCAGUUUGCCUUGAAUAUCUUUUAUUCAUUCUUUGUAUUGAAAUGAAUACUCUGUCUUUGGACCUCUUUAACUCUCACGGCUCGUGUCAACUAACUUGAACAAAAAUCAGCCAAAAACGAUUUGAAGUUGCACAACCCACCUGGCAAACAUGAGGAAGUUCCGCUUUAACCCCAUGUUCAAAUAAACUCAACUUGACGGUGGCAAAGUGAAA